AUCCCGACCAUCCACAUCUGGACCGGGCCGGCGCUGAUGAGUAUGAGGCGGUUAUAGAUCUGCAGGGAGGCGGUGACUGCGGCGGCGGCUGGAACAAAGCUGAGGUGAUGCAGUGAAAUAUAGUCCCUCUGUGGCUCUGAGAGCGCAGGAGGACGCCCACUGACGCCCUUCAGAGGGACACACACACACACACACACACACACACACACACACAGAUCAGGUCUGUUUCCAUCAGGCGGUUUUAGAGGUUAUCAAAUAUACGACCAUAAAAUAUCUCAAACCCAGAUCACUUUAAUUCUGCUCUGACUGACCUGAACGAUUCACACCGUCCACUCCACGGUUAGGACCGCUCACUAACGCUCUGAAGGCUCUAAUUUUAGUUCAAUAUUUCAGACCUACAGCUGAUCUCAGUGUAACAGGUGACAGAGGAGCUCCUCAUUCAUUCAUUCAUUCAUUCAUUCAUUCAGAUAUGUCGUCUCUAAAGAGGAGGGUGAGUUUUAAAACUGUCCUCGACUCCUUCAGAGGAGAAACAGAUUCAAUGACGUAUUUUUGCAGCUCAGGAAGUUCAGAGUCCUGAUUCGUCUGUCAGCCACAGUUUGAGCUCUAAAGCCUUUAAAGGAUUAAUAAGUUAUUUCAAAUUUCAGAUUCAACUUUAUUUUUAUGGAACUUUUCAGAUAAAACAUGUAUUUCAAAGUUCCUCACAGAGGCUAAAAACAACAAUAAAACCCGACCCUCCCAACCACACACACACACACACACCCAUGGACCCACACACACACAGAGACACACACAAAGUGAGAAUUUAAGAUCUAUAGUUAAAGAGACAUGGCCUGACACCAAGACAUUAUAUGUGGAAAGAGCGACCUUUGGGAAACACUGGAGGUAAAAGAUAAAAAUGGUAAAAAGACAGUAACCUGUUGGACUAAAAUAAGAAAAUAAUAUAAAAUGAACAAAAAAGUAAAAGCUCUUUACCAUAUAAAAGGGGUAAAAGAAGUAAAAACCUCUUAGGCGGGAGUUAAAUGUAAUAAUAAUAGUAAUAAAAGAAAAAUAAUAGAAAACAUAAGUAGCUCUGAGAUAUCUUCAUUAAUUUUUUAAUUUUAUGCCUCAAACAAUCAGAAUUUUUCUUUUAACAGACCAGGUUCAGACCAACUAAAAUCUGAGAAAAUCAGAAUAAUCAGCAGGUCAGUCUUAAAAAUACAGUAAAUAUAAAUAUAAAGAAUAAAAAUAUAAAAGUACCUCUGUAAAUACCUUUGUAAUAGAGAUAAUAGAAAAUCAGGUCCAGCAGCAGUAAGAUGCUGUUUUCUUACUUUAUUGAUUGAUUGACUGAAGUUCAUAGUUUUGAAUUUCCUCUUUAUAAUAAUCGUGUCUUUAUUUCUCUAAACUGUCCUGACCUGAAAACCUGAAACAUUAAAACUCCUCCUCUUUGUCUGGAUUAAAGUUUGAUUAAAGUGAAAUUAUAACUCUCCUCACACUGAAUCAUUUCUGUGUUUUUAUUGGUAGAUGAUUAUUAUUAGAUUUAUAAAAUCAUACUUAAAUAUAACAUGAUCCUUUUCCUCGGAUGAUUCUCGGUGGUUAUUUCAGGUUUUGUCGUUAAAGCUGCUUCUUCAUUCACUAACUUGAGCGUUUGUCAGGGUGUGUGAGGAGUCGAUGAAGACCUCACUCUUCAACGCUCUUCAGCAGCUGAUUCCCAGCAGAGCUUUUAGAGCAAUAAACCUGAUCGAGCUGCAGAAUAAGUCUGAACCUUUUAGCGCUUGUCGGUUUUCUCACAUCCUCGUCCCAAAAAAACGGAAACACGUCAUUUUGAACCAUCGACUCAAACCGGGAUCACAGUCAUACUCAGGGGGGUGGAGGGUGGGGGACAGACGACAGGCUGGGAGUGAUGGAUGUCCUCCUCUGCUGAACAUCUGUCAGGUAGUUGUGUAUGCGUGGUGUGUGUCAAGCACAGCGUUUUCCCCUCGCUCUCUCUGAGGACCCAUCCUAUUAGCAUUUAUCCAAGGACUGCUUUGUUAGGCCAUCAUUAAUCAUGUGAAAUAUGAGGGGAGCUGGAAUCAGGGGACGCGCGCACACUUCAUAGAUCCCUCAUCCUCAAAUGAAGCCAGCAUAUGCUCCACACGUGCACACGGCACGGGCACGUGCGCGUGCUGGAGGCGCCGCAGAGCUGCGGCUCGUGCCCGGGAUAAAAGCGUGCGAGUGUUUCCUCCAAGAAAAAUACUGAUGAAUACAUUCAGAGAAGAGCAGGAGACUGUUUGUGAUCAAAGAGCCGAACUCUGAAGAUGGAGGCACUUUGAGUAAUUUUCAGGUUUUCUAUGAUUGUCCCCUUUGUCAGUGUAAAUACAGAGAGGCACGGAGAUGAAAGGAUGAUGGAUGGCAGCAGAUAAAUGAUAGAUGAGACGGAGAGGGAAUCAAAUAAAGGGGCUGACAGGAACAACUCCACCAGCCACAGACGGAGGGAUCAUGAUACCUGGGGCCGUGUUGUGUUGGUUUCCUCUGAGCGUCACAUGAUCAUAAAGAGGUUCUGCUGCUGGGAUCAGAACAACACGCCUCAUCCUGCUUCACUCUGAAAACACAGAUGAGACCAAACGCCUGAAAUGGAACCCAGGCUUCAUCUCUCUAAUCACAUAAAUACACUAACGAGCGUUUAAAGCCGGUUAUGAAUGAAACACCAACGCUCACGCCCAGGAUUAAUCCUCCUCGGCCUGGUUGGGACGCGGCGUCAUGCUGUGCCUCGUUGUGCCGCACCAGCCGAGGAUGGGAGGAGAACACGACCCCGGCCGGGAACCCUCAAACCAUCAGUCCUCCUUUGAUGGCGCCAGCUCCCGCUGCGCCUUAAUGCCGUCUUUCUAAUUCUGGCGCCGUCCCACCGUCUGGAUUUGGGUCCGUUUACUCAUCAUGACACUGAAAUGUGUAAAAACACGGCGGCUCUAUCUCAGAACCGCACAUAUAAUCCCAAUUACACGUGUCAUAUCCUCCCCACUGAGAGCCUGUUUACUCCUUUAGAUUAACAGUGAAGACACACACACACACACACACACACACACACACACACACACACACACACACACACAGAUCAGCCUUUAGUCAAAGUCCUGGUUUGACUCAUAGACUGUAUUUACUCUGGACAACUUGGUCCCGCCUUCUGCCAGUAUUCGGAUUCAAAGCUGUCCGUCUUUGACCCGAUUUGUACUGAGCGUGUGCGAAAUGUUCGUCACUUCCUGUCUUGGCGUUUCAAUGUAUUUUACGGCAGUGAUUCGCUACCUACCCGAUCCGAACUACGCAAGUGCAAAUAAAAAUUUAGACUACCGAUCGAUUCAGAAACCAGUUGGCGAUUUAACAGGCUAGCUAACAGGAGGCUCCAGAGUUUCUGCCCAGAACGGUGAGACCUUUUUGGCCACAGAGAGCGCCACCACCUGGCCAAAGUAUCAAGGGGGGAUUUACUUCAUUUAGUUUUUAAUUAAAUUAAUUAACAAGAAGCCGACACAUUAUGGACCUUAAAUUAAUGUUUUUAUACAGCGAUUUAAUUUCAACACUGAAAUAUUCAUUCCUUUUAGAACUGCGCUGCACUUUUACAGUUUCGCUGAAGUAGGAACCUUUUAUCGUGAAACUGGGCGCCAUUCUCUUGACUUUCCGGCGCUCUGCUUCAGUCGGGGGAAGAACUGUUCAGGAGAAAAAAAAGUGUGUGGCUGUUAUAAACUGAAGCGUCCAUUCUGACUGUAGUGAGCUCACUGAUGUUAAAGCUGUCGCAAACUGUGAGGGGUGAAGAAUUGCUGAGCUGUCACAAAGAUGGCGCGUAGAGGAAGUGACAAACAUUUCGUACAUGUGCAGUAUAAAUCAGGUUUCCGGGGAGAGUUCUCGAUAAUUCUGCAUUUUUUUCUCCACUUCUGAAAACCAACAUUGCGCAGUAGCGUUGUGCGGAUUCGGCGGGAGAGUCGCUGAGAGUCGCUGAGAGUCGCUGUCCCCCAGGUGGUAGGAUUUUUUUUCUUAGGAUGGUAGUGGAAGGUCCGCCCUCCUUUGUCUCUGAUUGGCUAGAAGUUCUGGGCUCUGAUUCGUUGUCCGUAAUGGCUGUGAAACAUCAUCAUCUGUUAGGAGAGUCAGGAUUGCGAUAAUGUUCUGUAAAGUUCUGUUCGAUGUUCAGAGCUGACAGCCCGCGCUCUGCUUGAACAUGUGAUGACUUUUCACAGCCAAUCAGAGCCGAAGGAGGCGGGACCCUCCUCUACCAUGACCUAUACUGCAGCCUGUCACCAGAGGGCGCUGUUCUCAGAGUGGCUUCACUUGUCGAGGAGGCAGACGGCGUCCAUUCUUUAUACAUUCUAUGGUUUGCGUCCUUGUCGGCCUCCAUCUUGACGGGUCUGUUCCUCUCUCUGGAUCUCGGUGUCGUUGUCGGGUCGAACCAUCAGAACAGAUCAGAAUCCAAACAGAUAAUCCCAAACAAACACCGUCUGUCUGAGCGUCCUGCCGCUCUCUCUGUUGAUUGCGUCUGAAAGGCUGUGCAGACAGCAGCUAAUUCAUCAGAACCAGCAGCAGGUCCACAAAGCCCGGCUCCCCGUGUUUUAGAAUUCACUCGCUGCUGCGGAGAGGAGAGGAGCGAGUAUUCUGGAAUCACUCGGUGAAUACGGGGAUUAGCAGGAUUUGGAGACGGAUUUAGAAAAAAACUCCCUCUAAGCAGCAACAAUAACAUGACAGGUUCUAUGAUCACAUGAGAGCCCGGCCCGUCUCAUAUACCCACCAGAACCGGGGACAUCUCCCCCUCCACAAUGACUUUGCUGGUCCUGAUCACACUGGUUCUGUUUGAGUCUGUUGGACCCGUUCGCUCAUCCUCUCCUGCUGUGUUUGGUCUCCCUGCAGGUUCUCCGUACAGAGACAAGAUCACCAUCGCCAUCCUGCAGCUGCAGGAGGAGGGGAAGCUGCACAUGAUGAAGGAGAAGUGGUGGAGAGGAAACGGCUGUCCUGAGGAGGAGAGCAAAGAGGCCAGCGCGCUGGGGGUGCAGAACAUCGGCGGCAUCUUCAUCGUGUUGGCGGCCGGGCUGGUGCUAUCCGUGUUCGUGGCUGUAGGGGAGGUGCUUUACAAGUCCAAACAGAACGCCCAGCUGGAGAAGGUACCGGACUCUUUUCUGAGACCUCAUAAUCUCAGCUAAUCUCAGAUCCUCCUACCUGCAGCUUCUCCUCUCAUGUUUUUAUUCUGUUCUGAAGAAACUGCAAACAGGAAAUCUAAUCAGACUAACCUCUGAUCUCCUCCUUCAUCCUGAUCGUCUCCUAAAAGGUCGUAUCCUCCGAUCGUAGCUGAUCGACGUCAUUUCACCCCGAUGACACCAUGGAUGAGGAGAUGCUGAUUCUAGAAGUCUAGAAGUAGAUUUCCUCCUCUGGAAGGACACAAUCUACUGACUAUAUGUCUAUGUGUCUGUCUUUAGAGAGACAACUCGUUAUCGUGUGGUUGAACGUGAAUCUGCAGGUUCUUCUGAGUUCUCGAGAUUACCGCUGUCUGUAAUCCGCCGUGAAAUUCACCUCACUAAUGGAUCCAGUAGAAAUUGGCGUAAGGCAAAAAAUGGCCGCUCGUCCGGAUGCGGUGGAAAUUCGGGCUAACCCUGAUUAAUGUGACCUUACAUCAGUUUUCUUCCUCUCUCCUGAUGUUUUCUUCAUGAACCUGGUUCUUCUUUUAUUCGCUGAUAUCUGCGUCUCUGCAGCUCAAACUUUAUUUUCUGUUUCACUCAGAAAAAAAAACACUUUUAAAAACUGAGAUUAGAGUUUUUCGGUUCAUGGUCGUGAAUAUUUCUCUGAGCUGAAUUGUCCUUUUGUUGUUGCCGUCCUCGUGUCUCUACAGAGAUCCUUCAGGUUUUAGUUAAUACCAGGAUAAUCAGAGCGGUUUGACGGACUCUCUGGGACCGUGGUUUCUCACUGAGCGUUUCCUUCAUAAUAAAAUUAAAAUAAUUUUUCUCUUAAAUGUUUCUGGUUGAUCAGAAACUUCAUUUAUUCAUGACAAUGAUAUUUUAGAAGGAGGAGGAAUGUGUUUAUUUUCUUCAAUCCUAAAAUUAAAAUUAUUUCAGAACUUUUGAGGGAGAAAAAACGAGAAGAGAGAAAAACUGCAGUUCCUCAAAUGACCACUAGAGACCGUCUUAGAAAGUGUGUCAGUCUUCAUUAGGGCGCCCUCAGCAGGAUUAAUCCUGUUCACAGUCCGGUCCAAAACCUCCUCAGGUGUCUGAAGCUCAUUUCUCAGUCGAGGUGAAACGAUCUCAGAACUAUCAGAAACAUAUCAGAGCUUUAUUUUAUAACCAGGACAAUCGAGUGUUUGAUCGAUUAGCAUGAGGAAUUGAUCACAUUUUAUCGAUACUAAAGCCAUUAUCGAUUCUGCUUAUCUAUUUAAUUUUUUAAUGAUUCCUUUAUUGAUUUCUUUGACUACAGAUUUUCAUCAUUAACUCAAAAUUUUAUUGAGUCUCUGAAAACAGAAACAGAUGUACACCACCUUCAGAGAGAGUCUAAAAUAAUCAAACCACAAACUAUCAGUUCAGCUUUUACUUCGGUCGGUGUAAAGUCAAAAUAGGGUGACCAUAUUCUGGAUCCCUAAAAGAGGACACUACUACAGGGGGCGGAGUCAGGCACAAAAUUUUGAGUGUUUUUUAGGUCGAGUGUUUUUUACACGUGUCUGACUCAGUUAGUCUACACUACAAAAACUCAAAACUUUCGGACAGACCCCUGAAAAAGAGUGCAUGUACAGGUGAAAGAGGACGUUGUUAAAUCGGGUUUGCAUUGUGCUUACAUGAAUAUGUUAUCACGGCUCCACAAACGUCACACUGUUGUCCUGUCUCUUAGUAAAAUGACGCCACGCUUCAAAUCGUUUCUGCCUAUUUUCUGUACCGUCGGCCAUGUUUUUUCCCUCUGAGUCUCUGUUCUCGUUUGCGUAGACUGGCUCUUGUGAGACCCUUUUUCAAGGCGCCUGGAAGAGAGGAAUCAUUAAGAUAAAAUGUAAACCAUGUCGAUGGAUUGAACCAUUUGAGGCGGUUGUUGACAAGAUCAGGUUCUUGAUUCCCAUCCCUGACUGUUAGCACGCGUCUCGUCCCACUGCCGACCCCGUGUUUUUCUCCAACAGCACCUUCAAACUGUGAGGGACCUCUGACUCCAGAACAUCAACACGGCUACUGAAGCCCGUAACCACAGCUGUGACGUCCAUCAUCACUGUGACACCGACUCUGAUCAGCUUCUCUUAUUCUCUACAAUACUAGAACAUAGACACGCCUAAACGGACCGAAAACGCCGUCCUGUGAUUGUUCCAUCCAAAGACUGAGACGUGUGUGUGAGGCGGCGGCGGCGGCUUCUUUUUCCCGCCUCUGGUUCUGUUUCUACGGAGGGACUGAAUUUAUUCCAGACUCUUCUAUCUGAGCUCUAUUUUAGGACUGAGUGCUCAUGAUUCAUCACACGGGGCGGCGUGUGUGUGUGUGUGUGUGUGUGUGUGUGUGUGUGUGUGUGUGUGUGUGUGUGUGUGUGUGUGUGUGUGUGUGUGUGUGUUUUAGUGCAGUUUAACUCCUGCGAUGAUGUUUCCAGAUAAUCGUGAAGGUCCUUUUGAUAGCCUCUUUUAAUUAUUUACAUCUACAGAAUUAGCUCGGCGCGGCGCGGCGCGGCGCCUCGUUACUUUAUUGCAGUAGUAAUUAGAUUUUUGGCUGUUUUUCUUCGCCGCCUGCAGAUGUUUCAGAGAACAUCUCAGCCGCCAUUAAUCAGGAGCUGAAAGCCCGGGUCACAAUAUUCAGAUCAUUCUGUAAAUGCCAGCGUCUGCAGGCUGCCAAGGUGCGAGUCAUUUUCCUCUGCUGCUUUUCUUCACCAACCCUUCCUCCUCCUCCUCCUCUUCCUCCUCCUCCUCCUCCUCUUCUUCUUCAUCAGCUGCUCUCUCCUUUGAUUUCUCCAUCACUCUCAUCCAUAUCUCCAGAUUCCCUCUCAUUGUUUUCCGUCUCUCUGCCCCUUUGUCUGUAAUCACUCAUCUCCCCGAGCGCACAAAUAUCUCAUUCAGACGGCAGAACAACAAAUGUAAAUACGUGCAAAAACAAAAACACCUGCUGCAGAAGCCACCUCCAGAUCUCCAUCUCCUCCACCCACACUCACACAAUCAGGGAAAUAAUAGCUGCCUGUUUGACUGCCCACCCUCUUCCUUACAUCGCCUCUCCUCCUCCCACUCCCUCUAAAAACAAGAAUUACAUUUUCAUAAUCACAAAGUCAACGUAGGAAAAUUCGCCUCGCCAACACCGGCGCUCCGGCUUAUUGACAUUUGAUAGGAUUUCACAGACGGGCACAAAAGAGGCUCUUAUUAUAGGACUGAUUAUAUAAGACAGUGUGAGUCUGACUGAUGUUUCCAAAAGGUACCGGAGUGUUUGGACUUCAUUCACCGAGGAGGAGGAGGAGGAGGAGGAAGAGGAGGAGGAGAUCCCAUCCUUUAUUCAGUGUCUUUACAUUCGCUGUUUGCACGCCAAUCAUUAGGAGCACUGAAAGGUUCUGUUUGAUCUGAGCCGGGCGCUUUGAAACGGCGUUCAGACCUGAGUGUGACGCUAAAACGGAGAAGGAGAGAGAAUCUAGGACAUUCAGAACCUUAAGUGGACCCUCCAAGAACCUUCUUACGGGAUCAAACCCAGAAACAGGAUCAUUUUUCUCACAAACGUGGAAACUUAAGAGAUCUGCAGGUUCAGCUGAACGUUCAGGAACUCUCUGAUGGUCUCUGUAGAUGUUUGUCAGGAUGUUGAGUUUUCCACGUCUGACCUGAUGUUUGUCCAGACUCCAUAUUCCUGUGAGUUAAAGGAGGUGGAGUCAGGAUCUGAGUUAGCAGCAAACACAAUGUUUGCAGGACUUCUACAACGAGGAUAAAGUGACAUAGUCCAGGACCCGAGGGAGGACAGUUUAGCGAUGGCGCUACAACACGCUACAGCAGGUCCGUUUGACAAGAAACACUUCUGUUACAGACACUUGUCUUACUUUGUUAAAGCGGUUUACCUGUCCAGCAGAAAGGUUACAGGGUCACCAAGAUCCCCAAGCGUCCCCCAUCGUUUAUGUUGACCCGGCUUUUUAGCUCUUGUCCGGUCUACCUCCGUUUUAAGCGCCCGUUAUUCCUCCAGAGUCUCCGGUAUUUACUUUGUUUUCUUGCUUGUGUCGGCAGUCGUGGCCAAAGGAGGAUUCGGACAAUUUUCCGAACUUUCUGGUUGGUUUCUACUGUCCGAUAUUGUAGCACGCUAACUUUGUUUGGGCUCCUGAACGACACAAGGGAGCAGCAUUUUCUUGCUGACCAUUUUCCUGUUGACCGUUUUCCUGUUGACUGUUUUCUUGUUGACUGUUUUUGCUGACUGUUUUCUUGUUGACUGUUUUGGUUUUGACUGUUUUCUUGUUGACUGUUUUGGUUUUGACUGUUUUGGUUUUGACUGUUUUCUUGUUGACUGAUUAUAGUUGACGUUUUCUUGUUGACUGUUUUCUUGUUGACUGUUUUGGUGUUGACCGUUUUCAUGUUGACCAGUUUGGUGUUGUCUGUUUUCUUGUUGACUGAUUAUGGUUGACUGUUUUCUUGCUUGUGUCGGCAGUCGUGGCCAAAGGAGGAUUCAGACAAUUUUCCGAACUUUCUGGUUGGUUUCUACUGUCCGAUAUUGUAGCACGCUAACUUUGUUUGGGCUCCUGAACGACACGGGGGAGCAGCGUCUGCCUCACAACCAAUCAGGUUAGAGGAGGUGGAGAACGGCUUUGUUUACAGUCAGAAAGAGCGGACCGCUCAAAAAUGUUCAAAUGUUGACGACACAGACAUAAGAGAACACAGAGAUAUCGAUAUAUUACCAAAUAAUCAAUAACUAAUAACUAUUGACUGAUAUUAGAAGAUUUUUGUUUAUCCACCACAAAAAAAAGAUGUUUCUUUAACGUUGCCUACUGUACCUUUAAAGAGGAGACGCUCAGACUCGCUGCGGUCAUGUAUCAUCGCUCAGAUCUGCAGAGUUUGGAGUUUUGUUUCUAACAGCACGGCGCCGAUAUAACUCUUCCCUCCUUCCUGUUUGCUUCCACAGCGAUCAUUCUGCAGCGCCAUGAUGGACGAGCUGCGCGUCUCUCUGAAGUGCCAACGCCGCCUCAAACAGAAGCCUCAGCCGCCCGUCAUCGUCAAGACGGAGGAGGUCAUUAACAUGCACACGUUCAACGACAGGAGACUCCCGGGAAAGGAAACCAUGGCAUGAACGCUGGGCGGAAACCCCCCCCUCACUUAAAACCACAGAGGGGCGACGGGGGUCCCAUCACUGCUGACUGAACCGAGGUCGGCGGUCCAAACAGGACUCUGUUGAACCCACUGACUUAAACGUAGACGGAUGUUUCCUGUGGAAAUAUAGAAACCUGAGCAGUGUGACCUCACUGUGACCUUCAGAGGAGAGGAAGGAGGAGACCAGCAGGUUUGGAGACUGAACACGAGUCCGGUCCACACAGGAAGUGGACUUCACACAUAACACACACACAUAUAUACAUGUAUAUGCACACACACACACACUCAUGUGACACACACCUGUGCAGACGGGAAAACUCUUAUUGUGACGGUAACACCUGAUGUAGUUUUUCUGUUGAUGUCAAAGCCCUUUUGUCUUACCUCCAUGUGUGUGUGACCCCAUCAGCCCCUCCCCCGGCGGCGGCGGCGGCGGCUUCAGUUCCUUUGACUCGGCGGUUUCCUCUGACCUGAUGUAUAAAAGUGCGGUUUAGUUUGGGCUCAUCUGUGUCCCGCCCUCCUCAUCCUUCUGUCCCGCCUCUCUCGUGCCAAAGUUCUGCCUCUGUGAAGAACUUCGUACAUGAAUAUUCACCCGUUCAUCGACGCCUCUGUAAACUGUCCUUCUUCAUGUCCACGCUCACUCUCAGUCUGCAGUUUCCUCUCUGUAUCAGUUGUUGUUUAAAAUGCAGGAUUUCUACAGAAAUGUUUGUUUUUGUACACGAACAGAAGUUUUGUAGUACUUUGUAUCAUGGUAGCGCCCUCCUGUGGACUAAUAUGUAGCAGAUACCAACUCGGCCCUGGAGCUGUCACCUGUUGGCUAUCGGGCUCUGCUGUGUAACCACCCUUUCUCUCAUUAUUCACCCACUCUGUCCGUUUCCUGUCUGUGGGUGUCGUGGGGUCAGCUGUGCGUAUCCUCUGAGGACGUUAGCGGCGCUCGUCGAGGAUAAAAACGGUGACUCAUCCCUGAAACUGGAACAAAGCUUUCAGCUGAGUCCUUCUGACAACACGUAGCCAUGAUGAGUCACCGUGGGAGACGUAGUAAAUCAGGAUGGUGUUGCUUCUGGUGGAGGAGGGCGUAGAGGAAGUUUCAGGGAACGGCGGCGGCGGCGGCGGAUUUGAGGGGAACAGAAUCCUGAGAUUUACAGCCUGAAACCUCUGAGUGUAGAAUCACGUGGACGUCCCGCCAUCAUCACCGCCGAAUUUAAGACGUGAAGACGUGAAAACGCUCAGAGAGCAGAGGUGUCAAUCAUGAAGCCACACCCCCUUUUUCAACAUCAGUUAACUCCUCCAGAGACGAACAUUUGGACGUGAAUCAGCAUGAUAAUGAUUUAUAACUUAAAUAACUUUUAUAACAGAUUUAUUUGACCAGGAUCAGGGGCGGGCUUUAAGACCUAUACCGCAGCCAGUCACCAGGGGGAGCCCUUAAAGGUCAGCCUGAGGACUCGACAAGUAUGUCAUCUUAGUUUUUAAUGAGGAUAAAUUUCCGCUUGACCAGAUUCAGGUCAGACCAAUCAGCUUUCACGCAGCUCUGACCCCCAAUUUCCACCUCAUCCUGAACUCAUUAUCGCGUGAUUGAAGGUGAAUCCGCAGGUUCUUGUCAGUUCUCGAGAUUACCGCUGUCCGUAAUCCGCCAUGGAAUUCGCACCAAAAACAGAUCUGGUAGGAAUUGGCGUACGGCGAAAAUCGCCGCCGUUCCUGGUGAGGUGGAAAUCCCGGGUGAGGCAGUUUGACAUCAGCGUUUAUAAACCUGAUUACAGUUUCGACCCAGACGAACAUCAAGUGUUAGUAAAUCCUGUCAGACCAACGUCCUUGAAUUGAGUUAAACUGAAGAUCACAUAAAUACGACGUUUCUAACUCAGCCUUACUCCGAGCGUCUCUGAUUGGCUCUGAUUCAUCUCCACGGCGACAGAGACCACGCCUCUUUAGUUAUAAAUUCAGUCAGGAGAAGCUUUUGUUUGAGACCAGAUGAGGUUUUCAGGAUUUUACUGUGACUUUGGAGGAAACAGAAAACUUACCGCAGAGGUCGUUUUAGGUCUUCAGUCAUAAAUUAAUGGUCAGUUUGGACUUCCUGUUGUCAUGGUCAUUUUUUAGAGUAAAGGUGAAAUUAUUAAAGUAAAAUCUUCAGGUAGAGUUUGAUCUAAGUGAAGGACGACUACCAAGUUUAUUUUUCAGGGUUAGUUUUAGUUUUCGAGCUCACUGAUGGAAGACCAGCUCAUGUAGGCGCCAUCAUCAGAGGUCAGAGGUCUCAGACAGCAGGACGGCGCUCCUGGCCCCACGACACGUCUCUCUGCUAUCUCUGUUCAUACUGGGAAAUGACAAGCAGACUUGGUGGACGUCUCCUUUGUCCCCACACUAACCCGAUCACCAUUUCACCCGUUCAUCCGGAGAGUCCAGAGAAAACAAACGCUCUGACGUACGGCGGCCGGAGCUCGCGAUGACAUCUCCGCUGAACACAAAUGGAAAGUUAAUGAGUCAUUCAAGACGACCACAUUAUGAUAACUGACAGGAAGGAAGACAUAAACCUGAAACCUACUGGCGGUCGACCAACGCUGCUUGUCAUUUCCACGCAUCUGUACGCCGUGGUGCCAGCUGAUCUGAUCGAAUACCUGGAAACAUUUCUUGGAAACGACUCCGAAGGCUUCUCUGUCCUGUGGAUUCAACAAACACGAGCUCAUGGAAAUCGACAUUGAUGCAAAGUUUUACAAAUAAUGUCAUUAAAAAUGUCAUAAUUGUA